CAUCUUUGAGACAGGAGACAAGGAGACGAAGACAUUUAUUGACCAAUCAGGUGUAAGUGGCCAGUGACAGCUUUUCUGCGCAUGCGUGUAAUGCCUCUCUUCCUGGCAGCAAUAACAACAGAAACAACAGAAACAGCAGCAUCUCGCAUCAUCACUCGGAAGAACUGAGGUUGGAGAGAAAGGAAGGAAGGAUGGUGGGGAGUCGAGAAGGGAAAUUAUGAAAUAACGGUAUUCUGCCAGUGUGAAUGUUUGGAUGUCCAACUGGUGACCAAGUUAAUCGAUGGUGGUGGUGUGGGCCAUGACUGAGCUGUGAGCUGAGGAGUGGAGGAGGACAGGAGGAGAGGAAGAGGAGGAGGAGGAGGAGGAGGAGGAGGAGAGGAGGUGAGGACUGAAUAGCGGAGUGCGACGCCCCCCUGUAGAGCAGUGAUGGGGAACACAGCCACUAAGUUCCGGAAGGCUCUAGUCAGUGGAGACGAGGCGUUGGCAUGGCAACUGUAUGAUGGCAACAGCCAGUUCAAGGAGGGGCUGGACCCCAACGCAUCCUACGGAGAGACCUACCAACACAACACACCCCUCCACUACACCUGCAGGCACGCCAUGACUCGCCUGCUCAGGUCAUUCCUGUUCAGUAAAGAGGGUAACCCUAACAAGCGUAACAUGCAGAAUGAGACAUGUCUGCACGUGUUGUGUCAGGGAGUGCACAUCCUGCUGCUGCCAGAGGGGGCGCUGUCACACAGACUAGUCAGACCACAGAGAGAUGAACAACGCAGGGCAGACUGCCUACAGAUGAUCCUGAGCUGGACCGGGGCUAGGCUGGACAGAGGACAGUAUGAGAGGGCUAACGUUAACGCUACAGACAACAGGAACAGCACUAGUCUACACUACGCUGCUGCUGCUGGCAUGAAGAGCUGUGUAGAGCUCCUGGUCCAGGCCGGGUCAGACCUGUUUGUGGAGGACGAGGAGAAGUUAACCCCGUGUGACCACGCAGAGAGACAGCAGCAAACACACCUGGCCCUGUGCCUUGAAGCCAUGAUGGUGUUCUCACAACACACACACACCGACACACACACACCCGGCAGCACGCUGCGCCACAAAGAGCCUUAUGAGGGUUUGAAGCUGCAGGACUUGAGGAGACUGAAGGACAUGUUGAUAGUGGAGACAGCGGACAUGCUCCAAGCUCCUCUCUUCACCUCCGAGGCCCUGCUCAGAGCACACGACUGGGAUAGGGAGAAACUGUUGGAAGCCUGGAUGAGUGACUCUGAGGGGUGCUGCCAGCGUUCCGGGGUCCUAAUGCCCACCCUCCCGCCCAGCGGGUACAAUGCCUGGGACACCCUGCCCUCCCCCCGUACCCCCCGUUCCCCCCUCACCCUCACCCUCACCUCCCCGACCGACAGCUGCCUCACCCCGGGGGAGGAGGGAGGAGCUACGUGUGGGAUCUGCCUGUGUUCCAUCUCGGUGUUUGAAGACCCAAUAGACAUCUCCUGUGGCCAUGAGUUCUGCCGAGCCUGCUGGGAAGGGUUUCUGAAUGUGAAGAUCCAGGAGGGGGAAGCGCAUAACAUAUUCUGUCCUGCCUAUGACUGUUACCAGUUGGUGCCAGUUGAGGUUAUAGAGAGUGUUGUCUCCAGAGAGAUGGACAAACGAUACCUGCAGUUUGACAUCAAGGCGUUCGUAGAGAACAACCCGUCUAUCCGGUGGUGUCCAGCAGUGCGGUGUGAGAGAGCAGUCAGACUGACCAGACCUGGUCCAGGGGUCAACCACCUGGGGUUCCCCUUGCUGCCCUCCCCUGCUGUCGACUGUGGCAAGGGACACCUCUUCUGCUGGGAGUGUCUAGGUGAGGCCCAUGAGCCGUGUGACUGUCAGACAUGGAGGAUGUGGCUGCAGAAAGUCUCAGAGAUGAAGCCAGAAGAGUUGGCAGGUGUAUCGGAGUCGUAUGAGGAUGCAGCUAACUGUCUGUGGUUGUUGACCAACUCUAAACCCUGUGCCAACUGCAAGUCUCCCAUACAGAAGAAUGAGGGCUGUAACCACAUGCAGUGUGCCAAGUGUAAGUAUGAUUUCUGCUGGAUCUGUCUGGAAGAGUGGAAGAAACACAGCUCUUCAACCGGAGGAUACUACCGCUGUACACGCUACGAAGUUAUCACACAGCUAGAAGAGCAGUCCAAAGAGAUGACUGGAGAGGCGGAAAAGAAGCACAAGAGUUUUCAGGAGUUGAACCGCUUCAUGCACUACUAUACCCGCUAUAAGAACCAUGAACACAGCUAUAAGUUAGAACAGAGACUACUGAAAACAGCCAAACAGAAGAUGGAACAGCUGAGUAGAGCCUUCACUGGACGUGAGGGCUCCCCUCCAGACACCAGGUUUAUGGAGGACGGUGUGUGUGAGUUGAUGAAGACACGUCGUGUGUUGAAGUGUUCCUACCCCUACGGAUUCUUCCUCCAGCCUCACAGCACACAGAAGGAGAUCUUUGAACUCAUGCAGACUGAUCUGGAGAUGGCGGUGGAGGACUUGGCUCAGAAGGUGAACCGUCCCUACCUGCGUACGCCGUGUCAUAAGAUCGUCAGCGCUGCCUGUCUGGUACAGCAGAAGAGAGAGGAGUUCCUGGCCUCAGUGGCUAGAGGGGUCGCCCCUAGCGACUCACCUGAAGUACCUAGGAGGAGUUUCCCUGCCACAUCGUGGGACUGGGAGUACCUGGGAUUCACCUCUCCUGAGGAGUAUGCAGAUUUCCAGUACCGCCGGAGACACCGGCCGCGUCGUAGAGGUGACAUGCCGAGUUUACACGGUCUGAGGAGCAACAGCAGCACUCCUGAACCCAACCAGGACACUGAGAAUACAGAGGUCCUCCAGGAGAGAGUUGUGGGGCGGAGACAACCUCUGAGGUCACUGGAUGAAGACGACCCCAACAUUCUACUGGCCAUCCAACUGUCACUCCAGGACUCACGGAGGGAGAGAGAGAUGGAGGGAGGGAGGGCGAGAGAGAUGGAGGGAGGGAGGGAGAGAGAGAGGGAGGGAGGGAGAGAGAGAGGGAUGGGAGGAGAACUGCAGAGAGGCUCUGGUGUGUUUGAGGACCCAGGACUUUGGUCUGGACAGGGUCUGGAUAUAGGGCCAUCAACGAGUCUAGGGGUGGGGGGCCUCAGUGAGACUCAGGCCCCCUCCAGUGUGGGUGGUUCUCUGGGGGCCAGUGGCUCUUCUAACCUCCCCAGACCAGACCCUAACCUGUCGCUAAAUGCUGAGCUGUUAGAGCUAGGUGAAAGUCUGAUGAGACUGGGACACAUAACUACUCCAUAUACCCUAGACAACACUAAUAUCCCUACGCCAUAUAGCUUAGGCCACACCUACGACCACUACAACCCUUCCCCUAGAUACAGGCAGAGUCAGGACCAUGGCUACACACCCAAUACAACUGACCACAACUAUGCUGUACUGGAACCUGACCACAGCACACCUUAUACACACGGCUACGGUCACACCUGUGACCUUAACCAGGACCACACCACUAUCAACAUUCCCUUCACUCCAGAACACAACCAUAGUUGCGGUCAAAACCAAAACGGUGGCCAUCCCACUAUCAAUGCCUCCUACAACUCUGUUCAGUGCCAACCCAGACCCUACACUGACAUUCCUCCUCUCCCAGACCUUACAGCGUCUUGUAGCCCUAAACACACAAACCUUUACCCCUCAGACCCAGAGCCAUAUGCUAUGUUCAGCCUUCCCCAUAACCCUGAACCAGACCAAACCAUCUCUUACACCCAGAACACACAUCCUGACCACAACCACCAACAUUGCUGCCACUCCAGCCACUACACCCCUAACCCAGACCCUUACACCCCUAACCCAGACCCUUACACCCCUAACCCAGACCCUUACACCCCUAACCCAGACCCUUACACCCCUAACCCAGACCCUUACACCCCUAACCCGGACCCUUACACCCCUAACCCAGACCCUUACACCCCUAACACAGACCCUUACACCCCUAACCCAGACCCUUACACCCCUAACCCAGACCCUCGUAACCUAGACUCUCUCACCCCUAACCCAGACCCUUACACCCCUAACCCAGACCCUCACCCUUGCAACCCGGACCACACCUCAAAUCCAAACCCAGACCACACUGCCUCCUACACCUCAGCCCCUCAUGCCCUCACCUUGGACUCCCACACUCUAGACCCCAAUCACCCUACCACAGAACCCCACUCCCUCCUACUCCCCUACCCAGACCUAGACCUCCUCCUGUCCCCAGUGGUCCCUCCAGGAGGUCCCUUCACCCCCAGUGACCCGGGCUGUCUGGAUCCCCUGGAGCCCUCAGCUGGAGCCCUGCUCCUGGACAACAUCAUGGCCUGGAUCCAACACACACAUCCCCAGGACCACCCCCAGAACAUCACCCUCAUCCCCUCCGCUAGCUCCGAGACUGACUCACCCCCAGAGAAAUACUCACCCCCAGAUGCAGAGACAGACUCACCCACUGUUUCACCCCAAGACGGUGGGGAGCCAAAGAGUAAUUCCCCUCCUGACUCCCAUGUCAGUUCCAGCGUGGAGGCCACAGAUGAACUACGGCCGGCCCAGGAGGGAGAGGGCGAGACGGGGAGGGGACAGGCUGGCUCCCCCUGCCCUGUGGGCAGCCUAGAGGUUAAAAGACCCAGCACUCUGGAUCUGGAGGGUUGUGAGGGCGAGGAGUGUGUGAACACGGGGUGUGUGUCGGACCUGUCGCAGGACGCAGUGGACACACUCACACACUCACACUGUGGAGAUGACCACCUCACUCCCACUGAGAUGGACUCAAGCCUCACCCCCCAGCGAGUGGACGACCAAUCACCCGCAGAGUGGGAGGAGCAAGUUCACCUGGUGUGA